AUGAAAAGAAAGUCUUCAGGAGAAAUACAAGCACUAAAAGCAUCUAUUCAAUUUAUUGAUACAGGUUAUGUUUGUAUUGAAAUACUUAAAUUAAUAGAAAAUAAAGGAUAUAGUUCAGUAAGUAUUUGGUGUGAUAAAGAAAUUAAAGAAAUAAAAAUUAUUGUAAAUGGAAUUCAAAUUGAUGAACAAGAAAUAAAUACAUUAUUAAAUGAAGAUAUAUUUAAAGAAUUGAAUAAUAUUAGUAGAUGUACAAUAUUGACAACUCUUUUAUCUCAAGAAGAAUCAAUUAGAUAUAUUUAUGAAAAAUUAACAAUAAAGAAUGGAAAAUGGAAAAGUGAAAGUUUAAAAGAAUACCAAUUAAAUAAACAAUUAAUUGUUUAUCUUGAAAGAUUAUUUGAAAAUACACCAGAAAGAAAAGAAACAAUCAGUAAAAUUAUUCAAAAUAUUAUUGGAUAUCAUAUUAUUCAUUAUAAAAAAGUAAUAGAAAUUAAAUGGAAUAAUGAAACAUGUUGUUUAUUAAAUUCACAAGAAACAAUGAAAAAAAGUUAUGAAAAUAUUUUUCAUUAUCAAAUGAAAGAAUUUUCAACAUUAUAUUCAUUUAAUUCAAUAACAAUUUAUGGAUUACGUUAUUUAUCAAAAGAUAUGAAAUGGAAUAAUACAAAAGAACAUUAUAUAAUUAUGGUAAAUGAUUAUUUAAUAUGUCAUAAUUCAUUAAAUCAAAUGAUUAAUCAAAUUCAUUGUAAAUAUUUUAGUAUUCCACAAACACAUAUUUUAACACCUCCUUUUUUCCUUCAAAUAAAAAUUCCAUUAUUUCAUCCACAAUAUCCAUUAUAUUUUGAAGAUGAAAAUAAUUUGUUAUUAUGGAUAAUUAAAUUCCUCUCAAAAGAAUUUUUUCAAGAAAUAUUGAUAUUACCUCCACCAAUUAUACAAUAUCCAUUUUAUUCACAUAUUCAAUUAAAACAUCCAAAAUCAUCUCCUCCAUCUCCAAAAAAACAGAGAAUUUUUGCAUUAAGUUAUUCAAUUCAAGGAAGAAAAAUUAAAGAGAAAGAAAAAAUUAAUUUACCACAAAUGAAUAAAACAAAAUAUAGAAUGAAUAAAUAUAAAGAAUCUAAAAGUAGAAUAAGUAAAAAAACAAUAUAUUCUAUUGCUAUACCUUAUUUAAAUAAUAAUAUUAUUUCAUUAGAUGAAAAUAUAAAAUAUUUUAAUCAUAUAAUACCAUUAAAUAAAAUUACAAAAGAUGAUAUAAAAAAGAUUCAAGUAAUUGGACAAUUUGGUAAAAAAUUUAUAAUUUGUUUAAAUAAAACAAAUGGAUUACUCUAUGGGUUUGAUCAACAUGCUGUUCAUGAAAGAAUUCUAUUUGAAAAAAAUUGGAAAAUGUUAGAAGAAGAAAAAAGUAAUUAUCUUCAAUCAUUUCAUUGUUCAUUAAAUAUAAUUGUAAAUUCAUCUCAAUUACAAAUAUUACAAAAAUAUAAAUAUCAAUUUAAUAAUUUAAAUAUUAAUUAUUCUAUUCAAUAUAAUAAAAUAUAUUUUAAUUCUUUUCCAAUUCUUUUUGGAAAACAAAUUACUUGCUCAGAAAUUAUGGAUAUUGUAAAUCAAAUUGAUAUCUCUAAUGAAUUUCCACCAAUUAAACAUAUUUCAAUUAUACGUCAUAUUGUAGCAUCACAAUCAUGUAGAAAUGCUAUUAUGUUUAAUGAUAUUUUAACAUUAGAAGAAUGUCAAAAAUUAAUAAAUCAAUUAUCACAAUGUUCAUGUCCAUUUAUAUGUGCACAUGGUAGAAUAAAUGUUACACCAUUAUAUGAUUAUAUCAAUUUAAAUAAAUAA